UGUCUUUGAGUUGUUAGUAACUUGCCGAUUGUGUUUGACAGAAGUGACGCGCGUUUGUUUUUCUUUAAAUCGGCAGUUGCAGUGUUAAGUUGCUCGUCGUAGUACGGUGCGUUCCUAGAGUAUUUCGCCAAUACGAAUAACCCGUUGCGCAUUACGUAAGUAGCGUAAACGAAGGAAACAGAGCGUCAUGACAGAAGAUAUUGUAGAUUCUGUGAUUAGAUAUGGGCUAUAUUUCGGUGCAGUGUUUCAGUUAGUAUGCAUUGCUGCUGCUGUUAUUAUGCCUGACAGUACGGGGGAUACAAAUUCGGUAUUGAAGGAUUUAGAAAUGAGUGAUGAUGAAGGCUCUGAGCACAGCACUCCACAGGCAACUCCACGGAGGCCACAUAUUCACCAUCGACCACGAAAACAGGAGAAGAAGAAACGCCGAUGAGCAAAAUUUAUGGGAGUUCCUUCUUAACAAUUAAUGAACAGUAUUAAAUAAAACUGAAUCUCUUAUGAAUGAUCUAGUAAAGAGUUCAGGGAUAGGAGUGAAUUACUUUCUAAUUUUGUGCAAAGGGGAAUGAGAUCACCACGAAACCAAAAAUCAGAGGUAUACACCAUUUACUAUCAUUUCAUUUCUUCCUUUCUAUACAAGUUGUAAGGCCACUUCUGCUUUGUUCAUCUGUCAUAAAAUAAGUAUGCAGCUUUUUAUUAAAUGUGUGUUCAGUACAUAUCAUGUUAUUCUAAGUGAUAGUUGAAAUCAACAAAAAUGUAGAACUUCUCUUAUCCAUCUGUGUUUUUUCUUGUUAACUUAAAUAUCUGUUAAUUUAUAUAUCUGUGGCAAGACGGAAGCAUGAAUUUGUACUUUUUCUGACAAUGUACAUGACUUGAGAUCAUGAUAUUAUUUUAAAAUAAAAUCAGGAUGUUUUCUGAAUCACAAAAAAAAUCCAGAGGAAAUAAAAAAAAUGUGGAACAUGACUGGAA